AAAGGGUUCGCACGGUUUGUUUCCUCGCACCGCCCGAUCUCUCUCUCUCUCUCUCUCUCUCUCUCACACACACACACACACACACACACACACACACACGGUCCAUCCAUCCAUCCAUCCAUCCAUCCAUCGAUCGAUGUCUAGCAUUAGCUGUCCUGUGCUUCGUCUUCACCGUAACACCAGUCCGUAGAAGCUGCCAUGACAGCUCUCACCUCGAGGGAAACAACAGUUGAAGAAACUGCAUUUCGCUGCUGUGUUGGAUCCGACUGAGCGAGGGGACGUUUGGUGGAAACCUUAAGUCACCGACCGACCGAGGGGAGCGGAGCAACACGUUACACCAAAAUGGCAACCCCCUAUGUGACAGAUGAAUCUGGGAAAUACAUUGCUGCCACUCAGCGACCUGAUGGAACAUGGAGGAAGCCGAGGCGGGUGAAGGAUGGUUACACCCCCCAGGAAGAAGUCCCAGUCUAUGAAAACAAGUUUGUGAAGUUUUUUAAGAGCAAACCCGACCUGCCCCCUGGGAUGAGCCCGUCCGACACUGCUCCGUCAAAGCAGCAGCAGCAGAAGAUCCCCGGUUGCGGGGACAGCGAGACAGCUGGUCUCUCAAAGUCUGCCAAACGCAACAUGAAACGCAAAGAGAAGAGAAAACAACAGCAGCACCAGGACGGGGACGUGGACUCGGUGAGCGACGCUGUCGAGAACAUGUCCAUUUCAGAGAGUGGCGAGUCUUCAAACAAGACAGAAGAAGCGCUGGUCUCCGUCUCGUCUCCCAAUGAUUCCUCAGCAGCAGCAGCAGCAGCUGAAAAGGCCAAGAAGAUCAAAAACCUGAAAAAGAAGCUACGGCAAGUUGAGGAAUUGCAGCAGAAAGUGGACUCAGGGGAAAUAAAGGAGCCGACAAAGGAUCAGUUGGAAAAGCUGGGCCGGCUUCAAGCCUUACAAGAUGAGAUACAGCAGCUGGAGCGUGACUCUUGAAGCAAUAAAGGAAAGCAGAAGAGUCGGACAGAAUAUACAUACAAACAUACUGAAAGACAGGGAAGGGACCUUUGCAGCUUUGUGAUCAUAGCUUCCAUUAAACAUAUUCUACCUAUUUGAUAUUCAUCCUGAACUCUGGAAGUGAACACAGUCCCAGCGCCUUUCAAGCAGAGAGUGACAGGAUGUAACGCAGCAGGCGUCACAUCUUCAGACCUGACGGGCCUGUUUUCUAGAAUCAGAUGUCCAGAUAACAUUAAGACGCCUGCUCGUACGCUCGUAUCGACCAGGCUGUUCAUUUAUAAAUAUCUUUUAAAGACGUCAUCGUGAAUUGUUUUGUGAGUGUCUGUCCUUUCCAUUUUGUACCUUUCAUAGCAUCAGGUAUUAUUACGGUAUUACUUGCACAUGAAAUAUUUUCUGUUUAAGAGAAUAUAGUUUGUUGACUCGUCUGCUCUGAGAAGUAACACAACAUUUUUGUCAGUAAUUCGAUGGCCUCUUGUAGUAGCACUAAUGUUGAGCCAUUGUCUAAACAGUCAUUACAUCGAUUAAAACGACAUGCUGCGAAAAAUGUUCAUCUCACAGUGCUUUUUAUUAGUAGAGUGAAUAAGUACUCUGUGGGUGAAGAACUGGGGAGUUAUUUUGGACGGCAGGAUGUAAACUCAACCCAGUCACCAGAGAAAUGUUGCCAUGGUAUGUUUUUCUAAACCAUGAGUAAGUUACAUUUGUAUGUUGUUAUGUAGAGAAUACAAUGAAAGUUCACAUUUCAGCAGCUCUGGUUAACGUGGUCAGAUUUAGGCACCCAAAUCACUUGCUUAUGGUUAGGGGGGGCGGCGCAAUUUCCGGCAGGAAAAGCAGCCUCUCUUGGUAAAAAACAACCACUCUUUGGGCCCAAAAAGCAGCAGUGUCUCACUAUUACCCUUUUUCCAUUGUCGCUCGUGGCCGCACCGAUUUGUGUUUCCAUUGUCAGUUUAGAUGCGCUGUGCCACGCCAAGCUGCGCCAGAGAUGGACUUUCUCAGGAGUAGGUCCAAAUGCUGGGCCGCCAGCCCUCAAGCGGGUAGCCGUGACUUCUUGCCAACCACAGUCAACCUCGACGACUCCUCCCCAAACAAGCUUGUGUGUUGUUUAACUCUCCUCACCUCUGUCUGCAGGAGACCAGAGAAAAAGGUGUUUUUAAAAGUAAGAGUUUAGUUUCUCUCCUGCGUCCUGUUUUUACUUUAGAUAUCUGCUUUAUUUUACCGUUUCAUGUUUGCUAUCCGCCGCAUUAGAAGUUGUGUGAAGAUGCUGCUCAAAAACUCAACACCUCCUUUUUCAUAUUGACAAGCAGUUUUGUUGUUUGUUGGUCUGCAGCUUUGCAGACGUUUCACCCACAUGACAAGCCAUCCAUCAUCUCCCCCACCUCCUGAUGACAAAGUCAGUUUAUAUACUACAUUACUUUAGAAACGUUGAUAUGAUAAGUAUGAAACGUGUAACUGUAUCACAUUCAUGCUUUGCAGAAAGCACAAUGACAACAUCUGGUGACUGGGCUGUAGAAAAGCAUCCGUAUUUUGGUGCCAUUAAAUAUUUUAGAAACAAGUCGCCCACCUAAAGGAUGAGGCUGGUGGUUUUGUAUACCCAAAGCAAUGAUUAAUUGAUGCUGCUGACCUUGUCUCUGCAGUCAUAGGCGGAUAUAUUUUACUCCUCUGUGCCAGAGAGCUAACAAAGUGUUAAAGUAAGCCACACUGUUGUUCCUUUAUUAUAAUCAACAUGGCCAGUAUAGUUAGUUUGGGUUGAUCCCUUUUACACCGUCCUGCUUCUGUAAAUAAUCAUGUGAAAACUAAAUGUGUAUUAAUCCGCAGCUGAAAAUAGACCCCAACAAAUACACUAUUAAUGUCUGUCUGAGUAAUGUUUGCUAAAAGCUACAGUGCCCCACUAUUUUAGGGAAUGACGGAGCCUUACAAAACUAAACUAAACAUUCACGACGUGUUCUGACAGAGUGAUGUUUUUGGUAGAAACAAAUAGACAAUUAGAAGUAUAUAGAAGAAUAAAGAAUGUAUCCUUUCAAUAACUUUUCCUCUUAAAUUUCAGCAAAUGUUUUUUCUUCUCAGUGUAAUGAAAUGAAAUAAGGUGACUUUUGCAAACAGCUUCUAGACUAAAUGGAAUUCUUGCACUGGAUUGAGCCUGUGAGGCGCUCCAGCAAGUUAGUUUUGCACUUUUAUAAAAGUUGAGUGACUCGCAAAAGACGAGAAUGAAUUUAAUCUGUGAAAAAUGGAUCAAGUGCCCCUCAAAAUACUAUACUUACAAUAGUGAAGUAUACUUUCUUUGCAGUUGAUAUAUAAGAAAUCAACAUGCUUUACUGCUUUAUUUUAACAGGCAAUGAUAAAAUGCACCAUUGCACAUCAAGUUACUGUGACUUCAGAGCUGCCAAUUAAACUUCACAAAUUAAA